GGAUGAUUAAUCCCACAGUGCUAUAGAGACAGUCAGUGUUUGCAGAGUUUUAGAGCUGCUCUCUGGUAUUCCUGUGACACUGAACAAGUCCCUACAACAGUUCACUAUGAAGCUCUGGAUACUUCUCUUAUUAUCACUCUUCCUGCUGGAGAUCCAAAAUGGUGCGAGUCAACAGACCAAGAAUAAGAAAGAUGCCAGUCUCAGACCAGGGCGAAAGCGGGUCAAGGGGCGCAAUCCUAAAAUAAAAGACAAAGAGGUAGGAGGAAAACUUCAGUCCAUUCUCACCCAGGUUCUGGACAAAGGCCGUUUCCUUCGUCUCGGUGACGAUGUAGUCUUGGACUCUGGAAAAACAUUGGAACUAAGAUGCAAAGGGACCAAAAUUGGCUGGGCAUACCCAUCUUAUCUGGACACUUUUAAUGAUUCCCGUCUCAGCAUUAACCAGAAUGAGAAGUUCAGCCAGUUGACCCUGACCACACCCUCUGCUGCGGACACGGGAGAAUACAGCUGCUGGGUGAUACUCUGUGAUGGUGAUGAGUGUGAGAAAGACACGGAUCGCGUCUCCUCUUCCUACAUAUACUUUACAGACAAAGAUGAUCUCUUUGUACCAUCAACCAUCCACUUUGAGAUUGUGUACAUGCGGCCUGAUAAACCUGCAACAGUGCCCUGCCGAGUCACGACCCCUAAGGCAACAGUGUCCCUACACAGGGAAAUGCCUCCGGAGGAGGUACAGGUGGAUGGAAAACUUAUCUCCUACAAUCCCACCAAAGGCUUUAUCCUGCAAAACCCUGGCCCUGAGCACAUGGGAGCUUUUUACUGCAAGGCUAAGAGCACCACAAAAAACACAGCACAGGUCUCCACUAAGUACCAGCUGCUUUAUCUUGAAGUACCUAGUGGUCCUCCAUAUGCAACUAUUCAGGCUUCCUCUAAUGAAGUAAGUGGUGGGGAUAUCUUUAACAUCACCUGUACAGUUCUCGGUGAACCUGAGAUGGACGUUAAAUUCAUCUGGACCUAUCCUGGACAGGACCAGAGGCCUGUGAGUAUUCAGGCAUCACAUAGACUGAUAAACAGAGGUGUAGGUCAAAUCAUGCGCCUCUCCCAGAGUGUCAUGAUCGUGGAUGAUGUGGAGACUAUUGAUUAUGGGAACUACAUGUGCACAGCCAAAAACACCCAUGGAGAGACAUCUUUGGCCACACAAGUGAACUCAUAUCAUUAGGCCAUUAGAUGGCACUAAAACUGGACUCUCUUUACACCUUUGGCAUCUUGCUGCUUGUUUGUAUUGAUGCCUUUGUGAGGAAAAAAAAGACUGAAUCUUUUAUAUAAUAAUAUAAAAGUCUGAAAUAUCUGAAGUGCAAAUACCUUUUACUGGUUUCCUGCUAUUGUCAUAUUAUUGUCAUAUGCAAAGGCUUCAUUUGGAGAAAACAGCUCCAGUGAAUGCUUGUCAAUGUUUACUCAGAUCUGUGCUUUUUUUUUUUUUUUUUUUUUUUUAAAUGUUAAUCAUUGUCUGUACCUCAAUAUUAACAUGGUCUUGCAUUGCUGGAAGUGAAAAUAAAAGAAGCUGAUGGUGGAGCUUGUGGUGGAAAGUGUGCUAAAGCCUCUAAUGGACUCCGUAUGUGGAAUGUGGAGUGCAGAGUGAAGCCUGGGCUUAUUUUUGGUUCAGUGUUACACACUCUUCACUUUCCACUUCUUCUCAGUCCAGUCUUACCUUCUGUAACGCUGCCUUUGUCCUGGUAUCAUAACAUAUUGUAAGUUUUAAUAAACUUCCAUCUGAAAGGUUCCGACUCAUUAAAAUACUAAAAAAAAAAAACAUACAUUGAAAUGAACAAAAUCAAUUGAUUUUAAUGUGACUUUAUUAAUUGCAUAUUUAAAAAAAAAAAAAAUCAGCUCAGCUUCACACCAAUAAACUUAAUACUCACACAAAUAUCUUAGUGACACACAAUCAAGUUCCAUGUUAACUCAAUUUCUUUUUACUCUCACAACCAAACCAUAGUCACACGUGAAGUAGUUGAACCUUAAAGCUGCAUGAGGAGAGUUUCAACACUGGGGGGUUCCUCUUGAGGCCACUUGAACAUGCACAAACAGUCAUAUACGUUGGUCCCAUGGUCAUAAAAGAUAGUUAAGAAGAAAAAAAAAAAGAAAAAGAGGACGAACAAAAAACAAACAAACCAAAAAAAACACCAGUUU